AUGGAAGUUGCUGCGCCCAAGCAACUCCUCCCCAUGGCGCCGCGGGACCCCAACUCCCCGUCCUCCUCCACCUCCUCCUCCUCGCCGUCCUCCGCCGCGUCGCCCUCCAGCCACCGCCCCAGCCCGCUGCCGCCGUCCCCGCGGCCCGUGCCGCGCACCAUCGACACCACCCCCUUCCCCACCACCUUCGUCCAGGCCGACACCGCCUCCUUCAAGCAGGUCGUCCAGAUGCUCACCGGCGCCGACAUGCCGCCGCCGGCACCGUCCUCGCAGCCGCAGGCCCAGAGCCAGAGGCCCCCCGCGGCCGCCAACAACAAGGCCGGCGCCCCGUGCCGGCCCAAGAAGCCGGCUUUCAAGCUCUACGAGCGCCGGAGCAGCAUGAAGAACCUCAAGAUGAUCGCGCCGCUCGCCAUGGCGGCCGCCGCGGGGGCGUCGCCGAGGAAGGCGCUGCCGGAGCUGCUGUCGCCCAGCGUGCUCGACUUCCCGUCGCUGGCGCUCAGCCCCGUCACGCCGCUGGUGUCCGACCCCUUCAACCGGUCCGCGUCGGCGUCCCCGGCGGAGCAGGAGGCGGCCGCGGAGCGCGCGGCCAUCGCGCGCAAGGGCUUCUUCCUCCACCCGUCCCCUCGUGGCGGCGCCGGCGAGCCCCCGCCGCGCCUGCUGCCGCUGUUCCCCGUCACCUCCCCCCGGAUGGCCUCCGCCUCCGCCGCGCCGUCGUCGGAGUGA